GAAGUUUAUUUGGCAGCCAGGUUCAGAAAAGCUAGUCAAAGGGAAGCAUGUAACUUCUGAACAACCCUUCUAAUGGAAGCACGCAUUCUUAUACUUUGUCAAAAGGAACAGAACAUGGAAAUACUUAACCCAUUUCUGAUUGGUUACUGUCCUGCUUCCCCUUUUGUCUGGGCCGCAGGUAAUUCGAGCAUGGAGCUCUAGUCUCAUAAUGGCUACAUGGCUUUGUAAGAACUUUAGCUGAACCCUGCAGAUAGGCAUUCACACUUCCUGUUCUUUUGCAAACUCCGUCUUUUACUUUAUAAUAACAAGAAGAAAGGGUCCCUGAGAGGCUAUCCAGCCUGACCCCGUAUGUUCACUCUUAAUGUCCAAAUCUGCAGGCCUCCUCUAGAAUCCUUGAAACCUUUUCUUGCAGUUCCCAAGGGAAUAGUCAAUCUGGUGAAAUUCUUGCAACAGAGGUGACUAACAAUAAAUUUACUAUUGAGACUCUUCACAAGGGCUUCUGGUUGCUUUUGCCUGAAGGGUGAAUUCAUGACAGUUUCAUGUGAAUUAGAGAUCUUGUGCAAUUAUUGGUGUUGGCAGGAGGUGGCAGCACUUUGACAUCAAUUCCUGUGGUGGCAUCCUAAGAGGGGUGCAAGUCCUUUGUUGUGGCUUAUUUGGCUUGGGACUUAAAAUGUUAUGUAUCCCCAGCCUGGUUAGCCAAACUUAUUUUAUGACCACAGUUAAGCAAAUUGGGACCAUCUUUCUUUUCCUUGCCACUUUGCAAAAAUACGUUCAGAUGUAAAGCCCGUUUAAGAUUAGGGAUGCUUACUCCCCAAUAAAAUAACUAAGUGUCCUUUUAGGCAGUUUAAUUAAUCCGCUUAUUUCCCGGCCUUUAUUUUUGCCACUCGCAGCAAGUUCAUUUGCAUGUUGGUUGCUAGUUAUUGGUUCACAGGGAUGUUGGGUGUCAGUUGAGGGCUGUGGAUGGCAAGGACUUGAAUACAUGAAUAUGUAGCCAUGCGUAGUUGGCAGCUGAUGCUUCGGCUUCUGACUGGAUCAGAUUACCAGUCAUAAGAAGAAAAGCCCUCAUCCAGGCAAGGAGAAAGGCUCCGGGACCUGGUUAGACUGGCAGCCCCGAUACCUCUCUACCCGAGGAAAUGCCCUUCCUGCUUCAAAGUGGUCGAGACAGGCUCUCCUCCCCAGGGCCCAAGAGCCCCCAGCUCAGUCCAGCCCAGUUGUCUCCUUCCGAUCGGUCUUGGUGCCACUGGCUCUCCUGGGACCCCAGCAGCACCUGAGCCAGAUGGAGCCAGCUCUCACCUCUUAGGAAAAGGAAGAAAUGGACCCAUGCAUAGACCCUGAGCAUAACAAGAACACUGGACUCAAACAAUACUGUCCAUCAGUGCCAGUCCAUACAUGAAAUGCCAGAAUAGCAGGCUCAAUAAAUACACGAAUGUCCCAUUAGUUACUCCAGCCUGUCUGCAACCUCCCUCCUGAAGAGGGCGCCAAACGCCGCGCUGGAUUGCUGGUGGGACCUCCGGGACGGAGCAGGCAUCGAGAGAGGGGCAGGCGGCGCUAGAGCAACUUCGAGCAAAGAAUGGGCGGAAAGAAGGGAAGCCAGUGGAGGAGGGAGACAAAUCCAUAUAAAUAGUAGAUAGCUGCUUGGAUAUCAAACUUCCGGGUACACCUACCGGGAACAGUUCAGAGAAACUGCAUUUCCUGACGUGUUGAAAGCGCUCCAAAUUGAGGACGGCAGCAAAUCCCAAUUUUAAAGGAAGGUUUAAUUAAGUUUUCCUGCACGUUGCAGAGUAAAUUAUCCUUGUGGUCCCUUCCAGCACCACCACCAUGUUCUCACCCCAGAUGCACCUGGUGGGUCCCCAAUAACUAAGCAGGGUCAGGUUAAGUAUUUCCCUGGAAGGGACGGUACGAGGAAAUCCCGGGGCAGGUCCCAGAAUAUUUAGAAUGAUUUAAGGCCUGAGGAAUGCAACGUCUUCUUUCCGCCGUGAGGUGCCUGGCGGGAGGCCUUGGGCAGAGCAACCAGGAAUUGCUGCCUUAUUGACACUCCCGGCAAAUCCCGAGACUUUCCCAUUGAGCCUUUUUGGCAGGGCGCUCGAGAGAGAGAAAAAAAAUCAGUGAGGAGGCCGGAAGUGACUCGGCCGCGCCCUUCUUUCGGGGCGUGGAUGUUUGGUCCUGCCGCCCCGCGCGGGGGCGGCGCUCUAGGCUUCCAUCUUUGUGCGGGCUAGGGGCGGUUGCUAGGCGGCGCGCGGGGCCUAGUAGGCCGCAGGAGCGGCGGGGCGGCGUGGCCGUCCGGCAGCCGCGUCGAGUUGGGCCGUGCGGCGUCAUGGCGGCUUCGCCUCCGUCGGAGUCGCGUAGCGCGGAGGGCCCGGGAAGCUGCGUCCUGUGCUGCGGCGAGCUGGAGGUGGUGGCCUUGGGCCGCUGCGAGCACCCCAUCUGCUACCGGUGCUCCGUGCGGAUGCGAGCGCUCUGCGGGGUCCGCUACUGCGCCGUCUGCCGAGAGGAGCUGGCCCAGGUGGUUUUUGGGAAGAAGCUGCCAGCCUUUUCAACAAUCAUACUCAGCCAGUUACAACAUGAGAAGAAAUAUGACAUCUAUUUUACUGAUGGAAAGAUUUAUGCUCUCUAUAGGAAACUCCUGCAACACGAAUGCCCUCUGUGCACGGACUCCCGGGCUUUUCCCACCAUUGUGGAGCUGGAGCAGCACAUGAGGAAGCAGCACGAGCUCUUUUGCUGCAAGCUCUGCGUGAAGCACCUGAAGAUCUUUACAUACGAGCGCAAGUGGUAUUCCCGCAAGGAUCUUGCUCGGCACAGAAUCCAUGGAGAUCCCGACGACACAUCUCACCGGGGGCACCCCUUGUGUAAAUUUUGUGACGAGCGAUAUUUGGAUAAUGAUGAGUUACUAAAGCACCUGAGGAGAGACCACUAUUUCUGCCACUUCUGUGAUUCUGAUGGAGCUCAAGAAUAUUACAGUGAUUAUGAGUACCUCCGUGAACACUUCCGGGAGAAGCACUUCCUCUGCGAAGAAGGUCGGUGCAGCACUGAGCAGUUCACCCAUGCCUUUCGGACUGAAAUCGACUACAAAGCCCACAAGACAGCUUGUCACAGCAAAAACCGGGCUGAAGCCAGGCAGAAUCGGCAGAUUGACCUGCAGUUCAACUAUGCCCCGAGACACCAGCGGAGAAACGAGGGGGUUGUGAGUGGUGAAGACUACGAUGAAGUUGAUCGAUAUAACAGGCAGAUGAGAGGAAGCAGGUCAGGAUCCCGAGGUGGGCAGCAGAACAGGAGAGGCAGCUGGCGAUACAAGAGAGAAGAAGAAGACCGGGAUGUUGCCGCAGCUGUUCGGGCCUCAGUAGCUGCCAAAAGGCAAGAAGAGAAAAACAGGGUGGAGGAUAAAGGGGACAGCUGUCGCCCCAAGAAGGAAGAUGCCAAAGAUCCUGAGCCAACAGUCUCUAAGCGAGGGGUGAAGCCUUCAUCCGAAGAACCAGUUCCUAAGGAAGCGGUUCCCAAGGCUGCCUUAAGCCAAGAUGACUUUCCUGCCAUUGGCUCGCCAAACAUGAAUUCUGUGCCAAGCUCAUCUCAGUUGGCGCCAGUAAAGCUUGAUGAAGAGGACUUUCCCAGGCUUUCCUUCUCUUCUGCUCCGCCUGUGGUCUCUGCCUCUCUGCCCUUGUCAUACAUGGCUACAGCCCAAAAGACGGGAUUUCAGGAGGAAGACUUCCCUGCCUUGGUCUCUAAAGUACGACCCAGCAGUAAGACAGUGUCAACCCUCGCCUCAGCCUGGAGUGGUGGCUCCAGUAAGAACAUGGCCCGAGCAAUGACGGCCACAGCCAGCCAGCCGGCCAGAAAAGGGCCCCCUCCCGGCAGCAGCAAAGCCAGCAAAAAGAGCAAAGUGGCAAUCCCUGGUAACUUUCAGGACGGCAGCGGCAGCGUUUCCACCCAGGAGAUCCGUAGUGCGCCGACCAUGGUGGACGUCUCCUCCUUGCUGGCAGCUUCCAACUCUCAGACUUUUGCCAAAGUGGGUAAGAAGAAGAAAGUUGGGACUGAGAAGCUGAGAACAGUCUUGCAGGAAGUGCCAGCUGCCCCCCACUCUCUCGAGAAGGUAGACGAUGCUGAGCAGUCCUCGCCCGUCACUGCCGGUCCUGACCUUCUCAGCACAUCUGCCACUCUGGUGAACGGUCACUCAGAAAAGCCCCCGCUGCCCUGCAGGGCUCCCAAAGAGCCUCCUGGCCUUAAGAAGCCCUCCGGAGGUGGCCAAUGCCUGUUGCCUCAGGAAGACUUUCCAGCCCUUGGGAACACCGGGCCACCUCGCAUGCCUCCACCCCCAGGUUUCAAUUCUGUGGUGCUACUUAAUAGCCCCCCACCCCCUCCUGGGCUGUCGGUGCCUCCUAGUAAACCACCCCCUGGCUUCACUCCUAUUCCAACCACCAGUACUUCAGAAAAUGCCCCAGCUUCAGUGAAAGAGCCCAAACUCUGUCAGGGACCCUAUCUGAUCCUGGAAAACUUCCAGCAACGGAACAUCCAGCUAAUUCAGUCCAUCAGAGAAUUUCUUCAAGAAGAUGAAUCUCAGUUCAACAAAUUUAAGAUGUACUCGGGGCAGUUCAGGCAGGGUCUGAUUUCAGCAGAGCAGUACUACAAAAGCUGCCAGGAGCUCUUGGGCGAGAACUUCAACAAGAUCUUCAAUGAGCUCUUGGUCCUCCUGCCAGACACAGCCAAGCAACAGGAACUGCUCUCUGCUUACCAGGACUUGAAGGUCAAAGCUCCAGCUGGCUCCUCCUCCCCCUCCUCCUUGACCAGGUCCAAGAAGAACCGAAAGGGGGUCUGGCACACAGAACCGCCUUCUGAUCUUGACUGCUGCGUCUGCCCCACCUGCCAGCAGGUGCUGACCCAGCAGGACCUUGUUUCUCACCAAGCCCUGCACCUGGAGGAGGAGGAGUUCCCUUCCUUGCAGGCCAUUAGCCGGAUCAUCAGCUAGCUGUCCCAGGUGACCAAUAAAGUUAGUCUCCCUCUGAAAAGUGGCUCUUCUCAGGCAGGUUCUCUACCCAGGGGAGAGGAGCCAGCUGUGUGCGUGGGCCAAAGGGCCUCCUGACCUGUGGAAGAAAAGCAGGGGGAAUUCAAUGGUGACAGACUAAAGGAAGACGUAGCUGUAAUAGAAACCUGGGGGCAGUCCUUCUCCCCUGCAGAAUAGGAUGGAGCAGCAGGGCGACGGACACUUGGUUUACUGUUGUGGAUAAGAAUUUAACUCCUAGCUGGCCACAGCAAGGAUGCCGGGCAAAGGGCGGCGGCUGCUUUCUGAAGAGGGGAAGGUUGGGGUUGGCUGCUGAGAAAUAACGAAGAGCGGCUCCCAGGGUCUGUCCAAAGGGAUUCCAGAAGAUGGGAGAGAAUAGUGACAGGUUUGGGCAAAGAAUGCCGUUUGGCCUUUCUCUAUCCUUCUUUCCCUCAUUCUUCACAGUGUUUUGCAGAGAGGACUUUGUGGCUUGUCUCAGCAGGAAAGAGUCCUCAGGCAGAAGAGUUGCCCAAGAACCCAGAAUCUGUUGCUCUCAAGUUGUUUCUAAAGGAAACCUGGGCCUUUUUGUUCUCUUAGACUUGCAUGCGGGGGAAAGGUACCAUUCAGUGCUUUCUUUACUUCUCACUGUAAGUGUAGGUUUCUGUCCAGUGAUGUGAGUUCAGUUAUUUCCAUGGUCUUGAGUGCUCGUGGCUCAUUAAAUGCUGCUCAGCAGUGACCCCUUCCUGAUGCCUCAGUGCCAUCCUGGCAUGUUCUUGAAAAGGGCUGCUUGCCUGGAUCUCCGCCCCAGUGACUUUGGAUGCCCUGAGUGUUGCCAGCUGCUAUCCAUGAGUUCUGUCCUGUUCCUUCUCCAGACCAUCUCCAGCAGCAGAGUUGAGUUGCUUCCAUAGAAAGGUUCUUGAGACUGUAAAGUUGGUCAGAGGCUCCACUAGCUCUUUACAUUCAAGAGUAGACAUUAUAAAUAUGAUUUACGAUUUUCUGUUGUGUUUUUCCUCUCUCUUCGCUCUGUCUUCUCCCCCUCUCUCCCUCCCCCUCCCUCCCUCUCUCCCUCCCUCUCUCUCUCCCUCCCUCUCUCUCUCUCACACACACACACACAGAACCACAUGUGAGUAUUCAAGACCCAGCACAGGCCCCUUGAAUUUUCAUUUUGUGUACAUAUAUGUGGCAUAUAAUUGGAUUGUGCUACUUCCCACUGCUUCUAUUUAAAGAGGGAGGGAGACGACAGAAAACAUUUGAUGUCUUGCGAAGCAAAAAGUACAAUCUACAGAUCUGCGACAUUCAUUUUUGUGGGCUGCCUUUAGUUCCUGAGGAUUUGGUGUUAAUUUUAAAGAGCAAAAGUGGUAGAUUCGUGUUUUUUAAAAUCACUAUUUGCAGAGCACUUUGCUGUAGCAAGUUGGUCGUUGAGUUCCAAAACUGAAGCGAACGUUCUUUUAUGUUGGCAACGCUUGUAAGAAGACCUGUAGCCUCAAUCUCAGACAAUCUUAUUUUGUCUUCAGAUGAAGUUCAAUUUACUGUUUCUGAGUCUUAAAAGUUGCGUUUUUCAGCCAACAUUUUCCAGUCGUUUCCACAUUUUCCCUGCAACUAUAAUAGAACGCAGGGCUCCUUUCAACUUCAGCCAAGGCCUGGGACUGCAAAUCAGCUCUCCUCUCACCCGUAACAUAUUCAUGGAUCUCCUUUGCCACUCCACCCCCACAUUAGGCCUGUUUCUACUGGCAGGACAUCCCUUUUUUUCCCUUCCUGAAUGCCCUGCGGUGAGACUGUAUGUGGGGGUCCUGAGGAUUCUGUGGUGCUGUUUUUUGCCCCAAGCUCCUGCUCCUUUAGGCUCUCUCUUGAAAGUAAUGGCUCCCGUUGCAGUGUUUUCCCAUUGAGCACGAAUGGAAGACAAGGAAGCUGCUGCUCCUUACAGUAGCACCCCCCCACCUCAGUCUGACUGGGGCUCUUCAUGAGAAGAAGAGCCAUCAGCCUCAGCCUGGGUAGGACAGCUCAGUUGCCCGGCAUCCUGGAAGGGAUGACAUAAAAAGGAGCCCUGCUGGCCUGAGAGGAUGCCUCUCAAUAACCCUGCGCCAGGCAUUUGGAUCACCCGGUGGCCUCCCUUCCCCAGGAACAUUUUGACACGUUUCAGGCUCUUCCUUUUAAGCUCUUUAUUGGAAAAUAAGUUGUAAUCGCAACACCAACCAUUAAAUUAGCACAAUCACAGACUAAUCUGUUGUUCAAAAUGUAUAGCUAUACUUAUAUACAUAAAAAUGUAAACAUUAAAAAAAA